AUGGCUGCACAGCCACGUGAAUGUGCUUCAUGCCGCUGAGCUGUGCAAAUGUGAAAAUGGUGAGGACGGUGAAUUUUAUGUGAUGUGCAUUUCUCCGUAAAAGAAAAAUGAGGCAAAGAAGACACAUUAAAACCACAAAAAACCCACAUGUGUGACAGGGGUGAGGGUGACGGGGUGCCGGAUGACGAGGGGAAUUUUGUUCGUCUCAGGUGUGAUAACGAGGAUGCAGUUUUGCCUUCAGAAUCCACGUCUUUCUGAGAUGCUCACGGUGAAGUACACGGGGCGGGGCAGGUGUGAAUGCGGCCUCCCCCACAGGAAGGGGUAAGUGAGAGGCCCGGGGGCCGGAGCCUGCACCCCGCUGACUCCCCACACCAUGGAGGCACCCUCGUCCCUGCUGCCGCUGCUGCUGCUGGUCCUGGGGGCCCUGAGGGCAGGCAACACCUUUGAGACCCGCAUCAUUGGGGGGCGCGAGGCGGUGCCCCACUCCCGCCCGUACAUGGUCUCGCUGCAGAAGGCCGGUGCCCACCUGUGCGGGGGGGUCCUCGUGCACCCACAGUGGGUGCUGACAGCUCUCUGCCUGUUGCCCCUCGGCGGCACUAUCAGGAAGGCUCUCUCACGCACAACAUAUGCACCGGGCGAGGCUGGAGCCUGCGAGGAGGGGAGCCCUAGGCUGGGGGGUCGGCAUUUUUGGACACACACAGCCCCCUCCUCUGGCCGGGGCUGGGCUGGAGUCUGGGGCAGAGGCGGGAGCAGGGAGGGCUUCCCAGAGGAAGCGGACAGAGAAGGAGCAGGGAAGGGAGGGGAGGCGGGGGGAGGGCGCGGGACCGCGAGUGUCCCCGGGCGGGGGAGGGAAGGGCCCUCGGGCUGCGGGGCGGCCGCCCGCGCCCCACUUGCCGCCACCCGCAGGGAGUCGCAGCUGAGGCUGAGGCUGGUGCUGGGGCUCCACGACCUCGGGCGCCCCGGCCUCCCCGUGCGCAUCAGGGCGGCCGUCCCGCACCCCGAGUACAAGCCGCUCCCGCACCUGGAGAACGACCUCGCGCUGCUCAAGCUGGACGGGAAGGUGAAGACCAGCAGGACCAUCCGGCCCCUGGCCUUGCCCGCAGGGCGCCAGGCAGUGGCGGCGGGAGCUCGGUGCAGCUUGGCCGGCUGGGGGCUCACCCACCAGAACGGGCCCCUGGCCAGGGCGCUGCAGGAGCUGGACCUGCGCGUGCUGGACGCCCGGAUGUGCAACAACAGCCGCUUCUGGGACGGCGCCAUCACCCCCCGCAUGCUCUGCCUGGAGGCCCCGUCCAAGGGCCAGGGCCCCUGCAAGGGCGACUCGGGCGGGCCCCUGGUGUGCAGCAGGGGCAAGGUGGCUGGAAUCCUAUCCUUCAGCUCCAAGGCCUGCACCGACAUCUUCAAACCUCCCGUGGCCACCGCCGUGGCCCCCUACGUGUCCUGGAUCCGGAAGGUCAUCAGACACUGACCGUCUCCGCCUGGGCCUGAGCUCCAGGGGUUACCCCGAGUCCCCGGCUUGGAGGGACCCUUCCCCUGCAGGUCCCGUGGAGGGCAGAGAGGGGACCGCCCCGUCUCAGAGGACCAAUAAAUCCUAGUGAGGCAAACUGGA